CGUACUUUGGCACUUCCGUAAACCAAGCCAGCGGUUGAUCCUGAGCUCGAGACCGAGCGCUGCUGUUAGUUACUUGUUAGCAUCUGUAGCUACCUUAAAGCGGCAGCGCCUUCAUGAGGAUUCACCGGGUGGGGUUUAUUUCAUAAAGGUUUAUUUAGCCUUUUCUGACUGAAAGGACAGCGCGCGGCUUCGGUGUGUUUGGGGGGAAUAAAUAUUUAUACGACUGUCUGAGAGGCGCAGGCGCACAGUUAGCUAGCAUCCGCGCUAAUAAAGGAGAGAAUCUGCGACAAAAAAAAUAAUCCGCUGAAAAUGACUUCCGGUCGUUACCGCUGAGGUGUUUAUAUCACAGACAGAGCUGAGAGAGAGAGAUGUGUUGAAUGGAGAUGUGAAAGCAGAGAGAGAGAGAGAGAGGCAGAGGCGCGCGCGGUGGGAAUGAUGAGUAACGUUAACGUGAACGCGCAGGACCGGAGUCCGGACUUCGUGCUCAUGCGUUUGGUUUCUGCAACCGAGUAUGAUGACCUGGAGCCGGACCGUGAGGAGGUGCUGGAGAAGAGCAGCGGGUUAACCCCAGGAGGAGGAGAGGAGCCGAACUACAGUGCCGACACGCAGACAUGUCAGUGGAUCCCUGUGCUCAGACUCGGUACCAGUGAGGAACCUCAGGAACUUCAGGAAGGUCUCUGUCACAGACACGCACACCUAAAGGACCACUCUAUAGGGGAAAAACCGGGCCACUUCACUCCCAACGACUCCCUCAGAACCGGGACCGGGACUUCCACCCUGGAUCCUGCCCUGAGUCUAGCUCGGCAGCUGGGUGAGAUUGGACCGAGCUCGGACACCACGCAGAAGGACGAAGGAGACGUCACGGUGUGCUCCUGUCAGCCCAGAGAGGACCCGAGUGAGACCAGCGACGCCCUGCUGGUGUUGGAGGGUUUGGGUACGAACCAAGUAGGACACGAGGGUGCGAAAGAGCAGACGAGUUUCUCUCAGACUCUAAGCGACUCCGGGUCUCUGAGCGGCCUAAUGCGCCAGCUGACCUCUGACCCCUGCUGUCAGGAUGGCACCGCCCCCCUGGCCCCUCUGAGUCGCCCGCCCACCCCGAAACAUGUGGGCUCGGCCCUGCAGCUCUCGGCCUGUGGCGGCAGCGUUGGCAGCGUUAACGGCAGGAGCAGGGCGAGGGAGCAAGGGAAGUCCAGGAAGGGCUCUCUCAAAGUGUGUCUGAGCAAACUGUUCCGCACUAAAAGCACCGGCAGCACCGACGUGGGUCACAUGACCAACAAGAGGCCGUCCCUGGCUUCGUCCACGUCGUCCGGAGGCAGCCUCGUCGACGUGUUCGGCCCCGGUGAUCCCGACACCACCAGGUCUCAGAUGGUCAGGUCUCACAGUGCCUCCUACUCUCCUGUUCCCUUUACCGGUGAGACCAUGUCUCUGGUCGAUGUGGACAUUUCUCGAAGGAGUGUAAACUCUCUCCAUCCUCCCACUCCUCCUCCUCCACCCAGGAGAAGUCUCAGCCUGCUCGAUGAUUUGGGAGCACCUCAGCCUGGACGUUUACUCUCCUCAGCGCAGUCACUACAGCCUUCACACACACACUCACACACACACAUCCACCACAGCUUGAGUCUGAACGAUACGACUCUCCGCAGUGUUCUGCCUAGGCCACGCCCCCUCCAGAACAACAACCAAUCAGGAGGUCAGGUGCAGCGGCGGUCCCUGUUGUGCCCUCUGACCAGCAGCUUCGCCACCAGCCUCCGAGAGCUGGAGAAGUGUGGGUGGUACUGGGGGCCGAUGAACUGGGAGGAUGCGGAGAUGAAGCUGAAGGGGAAGGCAGACGGCUCGUUCCUGGUGCGAGACAGUUCAGACCCGCGAUACAUCCUCAGCCUGAGCUUCAGAUCGCAGGGGGUCACACACCACACCCGCAUGGAGCAUUACAGAGGAACGUUCAGUCUGUGGUGUCACCCGAAGUUUGAGGAUCGUUGUCACUCGGUGGUGGAGUUUAUCGAGCGAGCCAUCAUGCACUCCAAAAACGGACGAUUCCUGUACUUCCUGCGCUCACGAGUUCCAGGUCUUCCCCCUACCCCGGUACAGCUCCUGUACCCAGUGUCUCGGUUCAGCAGUGUGAAGUCUCUGCAGCAUCUCUGUCGCUUCUGCAUCAGACAACUCGUCCGCAUAGACCACAUAGAAGAGCUACCACUGCCCACGCCUUUGAUCGGGUACUUACGGAAAUUCUAUUUCUAUGAUCCAGAAGAGGAGAAGAACCUGUCAAUCAAAGAAUCAGGGCGGGACUCCAGUGCACAGGAGGCAGAGUCUCAGACGUAGCAGGAACAGAAGAUGGAAAGAGUCUUUAUUUUUUUUUGGAUUUGGAUUACACAGAGACCUGCUGAGACCAAACAUGGCUGAGUUUUGAUUGACAGAUGGACUACUGAUCUUAUUAUUAUUAUUUUUUUGUAAACACUGAAGGACGAAUCACUUCUUCUGGAGGUGUUGUGAUUGUAGUGGCAUUUCUAACAAUGAUCCUCCCUCCAGGAGGGAAGGGGAAGUGGAAACCUGCUGCUGAAACAGGAUCAGGUGUUAAUGUGAAGAUGUUCUGAUGCACUGAUGGUGAAGAGCGGUCACAGAACGGCGUGUGGAACUGUGACGAGAUCAAACUGGACAUGUUUCUGCUUACGUACGAGGUUCUACUCAUACUUGUGUUCUCUCAUGGUCAGUAUAAGGGUAAGGUGUGUGUGUGUGUGUGUGUGUGUGUGUGUGUGUGUACAUAGCGUGUGUAUGGUGUAUAUGGAACUGUAUGGAGAUGAUCUCUUCUAUCCAAACUAAAUGACUGUUCAAACUGGAGCUGUAGGUUCUGCUGUGUGUAACAGGACCGUGUUGUCCUAAACUCAUCUCCCAAACACAAUGUGGAAAUAAACAUGGAGUGAUUUAAAAACACAA